AUGAGCGGUCCUUAUCAACUAACAGUGAUUGACAGAGUCGAGGUGCAUCUAAUCUCCAUGCUCAGAGAAGACGGUGCAUACAUCGUCUUCAGUCUCAACGACAACAUGAUAUCCGUGUGCGUAUCCCCUCACAAAAGCCUAAUUACACAAGCUUUUCCUUUUCUAAGAACAAAGAACGACCGUCUUCAAGAUCACUUCGUCAAGACUUUCAUUGAGGGUGUUCAAUCACGUAACCGCGAGGAAUAUGAGCAGGCAAGGACAAACUGUCUUAAUGUUAUCCUUGCGGCUGGAAGGCAUCAUUUCCCUCAGUGGACAUCCUCUCCUGACAAGAGUGCCGACUGCGAGAAGCGUCUGAGCGACCUUUUAUUCCCUCAGGUGAUAUACUUUCGCCUUGAGGCUGCCAAGGGCCGCGCAACUAUUGUGCCCAUCAGCCCUGACGAUGUAAUGAGCCGGGUCGUUAUCGAUCCUGUUCUUGAUCGUGGUUUAGUGACGCCGGUCUUCAACCUUGGCCUUCCGUGGUUUACGCCCGAGCAGAUCAUAGUUAAACAAAUCUUGUACACUGGCGCCGCUUAUGCCAUUGCCGAGGUGCAGGUAGUCAACAGAAAAGAAUCAUUGCUCUGCAAGGCUAGUGGUUCACCAGGCGGCGGGAUCCCUGGUCCCAGCUUGCGACGCGAGGCAGCGUGUCUUGGCAAGAUCCUCCGAGCAUUCUCAAUCCCCAAAGACAUACGACUUCCUCGCCUGUUUGGCUACGUUUCGCACAAGGAUACAAAGGAGAUUAUCGGGUUUCUUCGCCAAUGGGUCCCUGGACGCAAACUCAGUGAGAUCGAUAUUACGAGCGUUGAAGAAGAGACUCGACAGAAAUGGAUAUCUCAAAUUCGUGAAACUUUUGACCAGCUUCACAAGAAGGGAAUUGUAUGGGGUGACCCACGACCUGGAAGCGUUGUUAUUGAUGAGAAUGGUGAUGCAUGGUUGACUGAAUUCGCAAGGGGAUGGUGGAAGGAUAUGGAGAUGAAGGAGACGAAGGAGGGGGAUGAACAUAGUCUAGCUGAGGUCAUCGAAUUAUUAAAGUGA